GAUGGCCUCCCAGCCUCACCGCGCAUCAGCUCGCUCAGUGCUCAGUGCACCCUCUGCCCAUCCAAGUGAUGAAGACCGCCAGCCGUGCCCAGCCCCGCAGCAGUCCUCCGUUGGCCCAGAUGAGGCGCUACACACCCGGGCUGUAUCCUUUCCUGUUCCCUACCGUCAUCAGCUCCCUGCCACAGCUGCCGCUGCCAUCACCUCAGAGGCUGCAGAUCCAGCAGCCAUCAAGCAGCAGCAGUACACCUUCACCUGUUGCCAUUGAAACACAGAGCACCAGUUCUGAGGAGCUCGUCCCCAGCCCACCAUCCCCGCUGCCCCCUCCCAGAGUCUACAAGCCUUGCUUCGUCUGCCAGGACAAGUCCUCUGGAUACCACUAUGGAGUCAGCGCUUGUGAGGGCUGCAAGGGGUUUUUCCGCCGCAGCAUCCAGAAGAACAUGGUGUACACAUGUCACCGGGAGAAGAACUGCAUUAUCAACAAGGUGACGAGGAACCGCUGUCAGUACUGCCGCCUGCAGAAGUGCUUUGCCGUGGGAAUGUCCAAAGAGUCUGUUCGAAAUGACCGGAAUAAGAAGAAGAAAGAGAGCCCAAAGCCGGAGCUGGCAGAGAGCUACGAGCUGACAGCAGAGCUGGAGAACAUCAUUGAAAAGAUUCGCAAGGCCCAUCAAGAAACCUUCCCCUCACUCUGCCAGCUUGGCAAAUACACCACGAACUCGAGUGCAGACCACCGUGUGAGGCUGGACCUGGGCCUGUGGGACAAAUUCAGCGAGCUGGCCACCAAGUGCAUUAUCAAGAUCGUGGAAUUUGCCAAACGAGUGCCUGGCUUCACGGGGCUGACCAUCGCAGACCAGAUCACGCUCCUGAAAGCUGCCUGCCUGGACAUUUUGAUCCUGCGCAUCUGUACGAGGUACACCCCCGAAAAGGACACCAUGACCUUCUCGGAUGGGCUGACCCUCAACCGGACGCAGAUGCACAACGCUGGCUUCGGCCCUCUCACUGAAUUGGUGUUCACUUUUGCCAACCAGCUGCUGCCCAUCGAGAUGGACGACACGGAGACAGGCCUCCUCAGCGCCAUCUGUCUCAUCUCUGGAGAUCGUCAGGACCUGGAGGAGCCCUCCAAGGUGGACCAGCUCCAGGAGCCACUGCUGGAGGCUCUGAAGAUCUACGUGAGGAAGCGCCGUCCCAGCAAACCCCACAUGUUCCCCAAAACCCUGAUGAAGAUCACCGACCUGCGCAGCAUCAGUGCUAAAGGAGCAGAACGCGUCAUCUCUCUGAAGAUGGAGAUCCCAGGUUCCAUGCCGCCACUAAUCCAGGAGAUGCUGGAGAACUCAGAGGGCCAAGACAGCCAGAGCAACGGCAACAGCACUUCAGCCGAGGCCGCGGAAGGUGAAGGUGAAGGUGAAGAUGAAGGUGAAGGUGAAGGGGAAAGGGCCAGCCCCGGCGGCAAGGACAGUCCCAAGGAGGACCCCCCUGCCCAGGAGUCGCCGGGUUCCUUUGACACAGAGGGGGCUGCAGCCACACCUCCUAGCGAAGAGCCCUAGGAGGGUGCACCCAUGGGUUCCUCUGAGACUUGCUCUGACAUUUCUUUGCACACAAAAAAAAACAGCCGGCAAGGAGUAGACCCCCCCCCCAUGCCCAACCUCUCUGCCCUGACUCUCCGACGCUUGGUAUUAUGUUAUCUUUAUAUCCUUCUUCUCCCAUUCCUCUAAAACUCCUUAAAAAGAAAACGUCAACACGGAGGCCUCAAAGGAUUACGGUUUGUGUAUAAUGCUGAACUGAGCUCUCAUUUGUAAUGGCGUCUCUGGGACUGUGACAGGAAGGGCGUGGCCCUCACAAACCGCCAGAGAUGGUACUCCUCAGGUCUCCUGUGUAACUCCUUCUCUGCAUGACAGGAGUUCGAUAAGUGGUUUUAGUCCUCUCUCUACCUUUCUCUUUCCUACUCUGUCCUCAUCUCUUUCCCUCUCUCAUGUUGUUUGCAUACGUACAUUGUACAUACCAUCGUAUGGUUAGAUCUCUGUUUCUAUGAUGAAUUUUGUGGUGCUUUUUUCAUUGUCUUAAAUAUUAUCUUUGAGGCGAUACUUCAAGGUUUGAAGAGGAACAAAUUGUAAGUCCUUCAAAACGUUAUCUAGAAUGUUAUUGCAUAUUGACAUUAUGGAAGUCUAAUAUUUUAUAUUUGUUGCUAUAUUUAAAACAGUUUUUGUCUUUUAAAACACUUUACUUGCUCACGUCUCUACAUGAACGAGUUUACAUCCACACCGCCAGAAUGCGAAGCUUCUCUCCAUAGCGACAGCCGAGUCUGGUCAUCUGUUUUCUCAAAGGAGGGAAGCACAACAGCAAAAGCCUUUGACACACACUCAUCAGAUUGACCGCGUCUGUUUAACUUUCCAGUCUCGGCAUGAACCUCAGAGACCCGAUGCACCAGAUUAGAUUUAGAAUCAGCCUGUCUAUGAAAUUAACUCAUCUGGUGGCUGUAUCUCCUCCGUAAAUCAGUUUACCUCACUGUCAAAACAAAUUGGGCAAAUCAGGUUGAUAGAUACCAGAGAUUGUUCUGCAACAGGCUGUGAUCACACAGGACACCCUAUACUUCUAGUAGACCAUGACUCCACUUUAACCAGGGUCUGUUCAGGGGUUUCACAAGUUAAAAACAAGAUGGCCCCACAGUGAUGACUGAAUGUAUGAGGAAGAUGUCUGCCUUCACAUUAUGCCACAUGCUAUUUAGAAAUCCAAUUUACUCCAGCACGUACAAUUACAGAAAAUAUCUCAAAAAAGUGAGAGAUGAUGAUGACGGAUGAUGAUUGGACUAAACGUCACAUAUCCACAUUCUCUCUUCUGCAGGCAUGUUGUGCUCCUGCUAGCAAACAGAGAAAACAUUCAUCUCUGGUCUGGUUUCAAGGAUGUCUCAUAUCUCUCUAUCAAGAUGCAAGUAGAAUGGGAUACCGUUAAAAAUGUAACAGUUGCACAAAUAGAAGUUGUCGGGUCAUCAAAGCCUCGGCUUGAAUGUCAACCUCCUGAGUGUGUAUCCACCACCAACAGCAUGAACUACCAACCAGGCUCUGCAGACACUAAUGGGCUCUGUUAUGGCCUUAUGAGCAGAGCUCCUCAAUUUAUGUUUCCUUCUCUAUCCUUUCAGAAGUGUCUUGUUUGAACCAGUGAAACACAUGGGCAAUGCAAUUCUGAUUGCUGAGCUGCGUGGGUUGAGGAAGAUUGUACAAUAAUUUAGAAAGCACAUGGUUGGGUGGAAUACCCAAAUCCACUCCACUCAUCCGCCUUAGACAUCAGACUUGACAGUGUAAGCAACAUUUAAUGAUGCAAGAGGAGAUCCCAAAUUACCCUCCACAGCCCUGAGAAAUGCAGUGGAGUAAAGCUUCUCUUCGGACAUUAGAUCCAACUGAGUACUUAAUCUCAUUGGCGGGAAGUAGGCGGCGUGGUGUAUCAGAUGAGGCAGUCCCGCUGAAAAUAAAAGAUGAUCCUAGAGAGACGUUUUUCUUCACAGCUGAGGUCGCACAUCCCAACGAACAAUGGGAACUGAACUCCAUUAUAGCCACUAAUACCCAGAUCCCUCACUACGCUGCUGUCCCUGCAGGUCGGAUCACGGCUCCAUUCAGGCUGAUACCGUGUGGUUGUUCAUGAACAGCACAGGGGACAAACUAACUGUAGCACUUAAACAUGUUCGAAACGUAGCAGUAUGAAAGCUAACGGUCCCGCACUCACAGCAGAGGGCCAAAGUUCAACCACCUAUCAAACAUAAAAGUAAGGAGAACACGGAUAUCGAAACAGCUUAGGAUUUCAGAAAAUGUGUGUUUCUUCUUCUCAGAAAUGAUGCAGUAAGUAGGACAGUUUUUCUUGUUCAUAAGUGAAGGUAAUAACCAGGAAUUUGUGCCAGCAUUUGAUUUUACCGAUGUGGAUUAGUCACAAUUUGAAUCUGAAAUUAUAGAUUUACAAAAGACGUUCACUUGUUUUUGAGCUUUCGGCCACAUAACACCCUCCCUCGUCCACAUGUAGAAUUUACUUUGUUGUCAUUUAACUAGAGACAUGGUUUCCGCUUGUUAGACUUCUCAUCCACGUCCAAGACUAAAAGGAGUAGUUACACCUUUGGUAAAUGCACUUAUUCAUUAGGAAGUUGGGAAUUUGUUAGUCUAGCAUAUAUGUUCGACCUCGGAAAAUACAGUUUAGAGGUUGAGAAAUCAGAAUUUAUUAUGUAAAGAAAAAAACAGAAAAAACAAACUCACCUCCUCUGGACAGUCAACCAUAUCGCAGGGUCUUCAACCAGUGAGCUGAGUCUAAAUUCACUCCCAUACUGCACUUUAAUUACGUUUUGCCAUUUUACUGGAGUUCCCAAAUUCUCAGUGUCAAAUUCGUGCUCUAUAUAUAGAACCUUCCAAAAUCUCAAAGUGUCUCCAUGGCACGUCCACGAAAUGUUGCCAACUGUCCCUUAGUGCAAAUCUUUUGCGUUAAAGCAAAAGUUACAGUUGUGUGACACUUACCGUGUCAGUGAGGCAAAGUGAAAGUACAUGACAGACUGAUUCUGGACACCUAUUAUAUGUGUUAGUCUGACACUGUGAUGUUUAAAGGUUUUUUUAUGACUGAGCUUUGUGGGACACGAUGAGGUGAAUUAUUAAGUUUGAUGACAUUCGGCUUCCUUAAAUACAAAUGCAAAUUCAAAAUCUGGGUCAAAACCAAAUUCUAUGUUGGCACAAGCAUACUCCAAUACCUAAUGUCCUAGACGUCUCAAAAAUAUUUGCUGGGAUGAAUAUUUGCUGAGAUAAGCACCUCACGGAACUGUUGUAGAUGAGUCAUUCUGAAAAGCGAGACCCCGGGGCAGUGAGGAGCUCUGGGUCUCAACAGCGCACAACAAAAACCCAUCUGCAUUCCAUCCCUGCCCAGAAAUACAUAUCAUAAGGGAAACCAGUGCUGUUUUAGUUUUUUUUUUGUUUGGUUUCGGCAUGUUUGAAUGUGAAUUAUGUCAUGGAGUCGGUCAGAAGAAUGAUAUGCAGUGUUAAGGAAUAAUUACUUCUAUCUCAAUGUGACAUAGGAAAUGCUCUCCCUUGAUUUUCUGUCUUCCUCUCCUGGUGAGAGAUGUAGGUAGGGCGUCAAGGUGUUCUUAAUUUUAUUUUAUUUUUUUUCCUUUUACGAAGCUGGAAAACCUUCACAGCUGAAGAAUGUCCACAUCCACCCCUUGCGUGUCUGGCGUGCCCUCGGGCGACCGGACACAGCAGGAGCCGUUAUCUGUUCCCUUAGGAAACAACUUCACAAUGCUGAAUUACAUCUUGUUUGUUUCUGUUGAAUGUUGUACCGACGUAACUGUAAUACUUUACUAUCUAGCUCACUGCAGAGAUGUUACAUAAAUGGUGUGUGCUUUGCA